AUGUACCCAGUAUUACAAUGGUUAUCCAGGUCAGCAAUGGAGGAUUACACGUUCUCAGGAACAAAGCUCACUAUUCCGAAAAAUCAACAAGUCUUUCUACCCGUAUAUUCGAUUCAUAGAGAUCCAGAUAUUUAUCCAAACCCGGAUGUCUUCGAUCCUGAAAGAUUCACCGAAGAAAAUAUGAAGACUCGACACCUAAUGUCCCAUUUACCAUUCGGCGAUGGCCCAAGACACUGCAGUGGUAUAAGAUUGGCCAAGAAACAACUGAAAGUUGGAAUGGUUACUGUCCUGUCGAAAUACAAGGUUGAGGUGUGCGAGAAGACUCGUAAAGAAUACAAAGUGGAUAAGAGGCAAUUGUUCCUUCUUCAACCUGCUGACGGAGUGCACCUGAAGUUAACGAAGCUCGCCGCGUAA